UUCAUAUAUAUAAUUGUUAAAUCCCCCUUCACCCUCCCCAAGGUGCAAGGACAGGGGCUAACUGAAACACAAUGGAGUUGAAGCCUAGGUUUGCGGUGCUGGUCGCGGUGGUGGCAGUCACCUUGAUGGCAAUCACGACGGCGACCGAAGCCGUCUCGCCGGAUUGGAAGGACUUUUCCAUUGACGGUCAGCUGGUGGGUGACAGGGUAAGUGACGAGGAAGAGAUGAUGAUGGAGUCAGGUUGGAGCCAUCGGAGCUUGGUUGAACGAAGGUUCAUAAGCUACGAUGCUUUGAAGGCCAACCAAGUCCCAUGUGGUCGACGAGGACGAUCGUACUAUGAUUGCAACCGGAGAGGCAAUGCAAACCCUUAUCGCCGAGGUUGCACUGCCAUCACCCACUGUGCCCGACAAACUGACUGAUAUCUUUAUUCCUCUCCACCACCAUCACCCAAUCACUCACUUCACAAGACCAGACCAUGUUUAUCAUAAUUCUGUGCUUCGUGUACUAAUAAUGCAAUGAAAUUGUAUUAUUCAUUCACUUCA